AUGACCAUAGGAAGAGAUCACACCACUUUCAGGAAGUUUGCACGCUUGUUUUUGGACUUGGUUGACGCAUGCGUGUAUAGGUAUGAGGCAGAGUUCGACAAGGUACAAGAUGUCUUCGAGCUACAAAGAAACUUAAACAACGCCUUCGCAUACGAUCUCGUUCCUUCACCUGGAGUUGUGAUCGCUGCCCUGAAAGCUGCACGCCGAGUUAAUGACUAUCCUACCGCCGUAAGGAUAUUUGAAGGCAUAAAGGCAAAGGUUGAGAACAUUCACCAAUACGAAGAGUACCUGGCUGAACUCAAGCCAAUACGGGAAGAGCUUGGCAUCAAUUUGAAGGAGGAUCUGUAUCCCGAAGGCACCGAUAGCCCCUUCUACAACCCAUAG